GGUCCUAGAUGGGUCGAAGUGUCAUGGCGUCGUGUGUUAAUUGUCUUUCAUCUUAGAAAGCCAACGCCCAGAACCACCAACGUUUCCUACAAUGUUGGUUGGAUUUCACAACGAAUUAUUUUCCGUGUUAUUUUGUUGAAAUAUUUGUGUUCUGGGAGUGAUAUUAUCUUCAGAAUGCAAAAAUGCGGGAAAACUCUUCAGUUGAUGGCAAGAAGAAGCUCGUCAAUAGCGGUGUCCCACUAAUACUAACUUUAGUUGUAUUAUUGUGUGUUUUGGAAUCUUCAAUAGCAAAAGGGAAAACAGAAUUUCCCAAGACAAAUGCUGAUCUACAAGCCACAUCACUUUGUCCAUCUGCAUGCACAUGUUCCGAACAAAAAUUAAAGCUAUCGCAAGGUAGUGUGGAGCAAGAGCUUAACCCAAGUAAUCAUAAAGAAACCACAGAAAAUCUCAAUGUAUAUAGCAAGAUAAAGCCUGAAAUACUCAAGAGUGGAAUUAAAGUACAGUGCCAGAAUCCUGCCUUUAUAGUGUCUGUGAAGAAGUUAAACCUGCAAUCGCUACUGGUGGAAAAUAUUGUACAAUAUGAUCUUUCUGGAAACAGCCUUACAAGGUUAUCGGGUGAAGACUUUGCGAAUGGCAACUACUUAAUGCUUCAGAAACUUAUACUUAAGAACAAUCAAAUAGAAGAAAUUGCAGCUGAUACAUUUUCAACAUUGAAGAAUCUCAAAUAUUUAGACCUGAGCAAUAAUUUUUUGACAAAUUUUUCCAGUGCAAUAAUUGAAAAUGUUAUGAGCUUAGACAGAGUGAAACUAAAUGGAAAUCCCCUCAAGUGUGACUGUCAUCUGAGUGCUCUUCUCACCUACGCGUCGUCACGUAACAUCAGACUUCAAGGAACAUGUUUGGAGCCGCCUCGACUAAAAGAUCGUUCAUUAACCAGAUUAGUCGUGGAAGAACUAGCAUGCCCUCCGGAAGAUCCAGUUGGUGUCGAGAUCAGACCCAACACUAACCAACUUGUUUUUGAAGGUGAUCCAUUAAAGCUGAGUUGCAAAUUCAAAGCGGGACGAGCUGUUGCACCGAAUUGGCUUCAUCGAAAUGCGAAUAACCAAACUCCUACCGUUUCGCCUGGUGGAGCUGUAGAAUUAACAACUAGCAGCCGUGGAACAGAUCAGGGAACGGAGACCGAAAGCCAAUUACUUAUCCGUCAUCUACUUCCCCGGCAUGGUGGUAUGUGGGCUUGUUCAUGGGGUGGUAGGACUGCAUCUGUUGAAGUUACAGUCCUGUCCCUUACAACACCUACUUGUUCCAGCCAUGUCACUGCAUCCAACAAAGGUCGUUACAGCUGGCCACGCACCAUGGCAAACCUCAAGAUUACUCUACCGUGCCAAGCCAAUCCGAAUCUACAGGCCUUCCGGCUGUGUGGAGCACUAGGGCACUGGGAGGAACCAGAUCUUAAUUCCUGCUUUUAUCUCAGUGAGGUUACCAAAGUAUUAGAACAGUUUGCCAAGACCAAUUUGACAUUCAGCAAAACUUCUGCAUUGGAGAGUGCUCGUAGAUUAAAAUCUUACCUCACAGAUGUGAUUAGCUUGACAGACCCGCACGAAGCCAUUUUCGUUACUCAAACGUUGCACAAUUACCUUGAAGCCAGUGGAAAACAUCCCGAACUACUACCCCUUAUUAUGGAUAUCUACUCAAUCCUAAUAACACAAGAUCCGCAAUUGUUGGCUGAUUCGCGUCACGGACUUGUCGGGCUACUCCAGCAAGCACCUCUCAAGACUCAAGAAUUUGAAUAUCGAUCUUCCAGUCUGGUGAUUGAAAAGUGUGGAAUUAUCGGGAAAUCUCUGAGUGCAGGAACUUGUACGUGGAGACGAACGUCAGAGACAGGAAGCAGUAAAUCAGAUUCUAAAACUAAAGCACGAAGUCCUUAUCAAGCAAGUUGUGGACAGAACUCGAACGGAACCGGAACAAUUGAAGCUUCAGUAAGGGUUCCUUUGAUUUCAGAAGGAGCAUUUUCGGAGCAGAGUGUCGUACUUUCCUUAGUACUCAGCACGAACGCCUUUGUCAGCGCUAAAUCGAAACCACUUGCAACGCCUGUAUUAGGGGUUACUUCUGGCCCUGUCAGCAAUUUAAUCAAUCGCACAACACCCUUCGUUAUGACGAUACGUCUUAGUAGGGCAAUUGGCACGUCGGACCGUCUAGUCGGAGCUAGAUGGAAUCAUUACACAGAUCAAUGGAGUCCAGAGCAAUGCCAAACUUUGAAGUCAUCAGGACUGAUGUCGGAAGGAGACUCAGUAACCUUUCAGUGCUGCUGUGGCUUUGGUUUUUUUGCCGCUUUUACCACCCAGGACGAAGAGGAUGAACAAAAUCUAGUGGAACAGGUGACAACAAAGAGUGGCAGUGGCAGUAUUCCUGGUAGCGCAUACUUUCCUGGACAACUACAUCUUCUACCAUCACCGGUCUACGUGGGCAGUGUCAUUGGACUACUGUGCCACCUGACAGCUUGUCUCUGCUAUCUGAUUCACCGACGACGACUGAAGAUGACCCAACCCACUCGACACGCUUUAAUUAACACCUGGAUAUCAGUCGCAUUGUUGAUGGUUGCCUUUACAUUAGGUGUCCGUCCAGUCCUUGGCAAACUUCCCUGUCAGAUUGCUGGUCUCUUACUUCACUAUUUGACACUGAGUUCACUGCUCUGGAUGGUAGUGAACGCAUCGAGUUUGUACAAGCACAUAACAAAAUCAUCGCGCACUGAUCCUGAAACAGACUCGUCUCUCAUGGAGGAAGCAAUGGCUGUAGGUCACGAUUCACCACCCAAACCGGCUUUACGGUUUUAUUUAAUCGGAUGGGGUAUCCCACUUAUUGUCGUGGGAAUUGCUGGAGCUAUCCAUUUGGAACAAUACUAUGGGCCAAAGAUUUGUUUCUUGGCAUGGACUCCUAGUUUGGGUGCAGUUGGACUUCCUUCGGCAAUUUUAAUUUUGCUGAUCUUAACAUUUCACCUAUUAACCUGGUGCUUCUUAAGACACACCUCUCGUCUGGCCGCCAUUCAUCAGAAACAAUUAACAACGCUCGCUGCAGUCGAAGAGCCUGGUGCAAUGGCAGCAGCUGCUGCGGCCUCUUCUGAUGGAAAUAAAGACGUGGGCAUGUGUGGGCGAAUGCAAAAAGACAAAAAGACUUGUGGACUUCAAGGAGGCUAUGUUCCAUUAGCGGUCGACGGAGACGUUACCAGCUGCCCAUCUAAUGUAACCAAUCAGGUGACAGAGACGAGCGAUCUAGCCUCUCUGUCUAGUGAUCAUGAGCGAAUCGCACUUUUGAUUCAACGCGGUGAAGCCGAAGGAGCCAUGUCAGCCAACGAAAGCGUAGUUCUUCAUUCCGGCCGAAGUGAGAGCGAGCGUCCUCUACUAAUUGUUACCUCCUCAGCUGCUUCUAGUAGUGACGACCGAUUGGAGGAUGGUGCCAAAACGGACGUUGACGAUCAAGGGCACAGUAAUCCGCUGAUGGCCUCGUUCACUGAUGACGGUGACAGUAAGAAGCGGGAAUGUGCAUCCAGCAUAUCACCCUCUAUCAUGGAACCCGGGAUACAAAAUGCUAUAUUUCAUUUACCUGUACAAGCUGUUAUACCUCCCACGCCGACUGAAGAUGCCGAUGAAAAAAGCACGUUGAGCCAACUGCGCGGCCAGUUUGUUUUCCUUAUUCUUUUUUGUCUUACGUGGCUCUCGGGAUUGUGUGUUGUGGUUCGUCCGUUCCGCAGCGUUCUUCCCCACUACGACGAGCUUGUCUCUAGCCUUUGCUAUGCCAUUUUCUGUGCAGCUACAGGAUUGCAUGCUGUACUUUUUCACCUUCUUACUAGAAAGGAUGUCUGCGCUUCCUGUUUUGAUCCGCACACCAAGGAGCAUUUAGAAUCUAUUGUAGCCCUCCCAGCUCCAUCCACUCAUUCUCAUACAGAUUUGUCCUCCCACCAUAAUCAUCAUCAUCAGCAGCAGCAACAUCAUCAUCAUCGUCAUCAGCAGCAGCAACAUCAACAUCAGCAACAUCACCAUUCUCAAAUCGGUCAAACACCGGUGUCCUACGCAACUCUUUCACGCCAUCCCGAAGUUUCAGAUGAGGUAGACCGUGGUAUGGAAAGAACAACGGCUGGGCAAGUUCACGUUAUCGAUCCUGCAAUCGCGGAUGCUAUGAAUGUGACCCUUAUGGAUCCGUCUAUGGUGGUCAAUUCUUUCUACGAUCCUCGUCAGAGUAAAACAGCUCGCCGUUUCUUCCAGAAACAGAAAUUACUACAACAAAUGCAAAACAAUCAACUCCAUCGACAUCAUCCUCAUCACCACCAUCGACACUCUCGCCACUCGUCCGGUCAUUCAAUUAACAACGCCCAUUCCUAUCGAUCACACUCAUCACAUUCACCUAUUACAGAAGAAGCUUUACUCAACGCUAGCACUUCAACGAAAGCUAAAGUCAGCAACGUCAAUAUUCAUGUUGAGAUGGGAGCUUAUGAUUGGCAUGAACUCCAGUCUCGGUUGUCGGACAAUUCAUGGGGUAAAAGUGGUAAGCAGAUGUUGCCGCAACGAAAAUCUGAAAAUGGAAAUUCAAGAACAGAAGUUGCUUUCGCUGAUGAGUCAGGUAUUAACGCAAGAGAAGAACAAUUAGAAUCUCAGCCUGCAACAAACGUCCGCUCGAAUGCCAAGACCGAUAAAGGCAAGAGAAAACGACACGUAAUUUAUCAUCAGCGAAUUCCCAAGAAAUCGAAAUUAGAGGACCAACAGGUUGGGAUGGCGGAAAUGGGAACGCAAGUAGAAGACGACGUGAUUAGAGAAGCCCAAGAAGCCAGCGCUAGAAGAACUCCUUCUGUUGAGAAACCCGUUUAUGUGUUUGUCGACAAAGAGUAUCGCGAACGAGCCAUUUCUCAUCUUGGCUCUCAUGACGAAGCUAUGAAGACUUUGCCUACAGGAAAGACAAAGAAAGUUUUGGACGAAUCUAUGGACGAAGGCGCCUAUCAGAAAAGAGAAACAAGCGUCUGAUUUUUUAUUUUAUUUUUUAAGAAUGUUCGAUUGUUACUCCGUUUUGGUUCUACGCUGUAUAUAACCAACAGUAUUGCCCUUUUCAACGCUUUACCUCUCCUCUUUUUUGCCCAUCGAACUUUUAUAUUUAAAUAAAGCCGACAGAAUCUC